ACCCCAAAAUGGGAUAUGAGUAACCCCCAACGUUGAACGUUUCAUCUCGCGCAUAGGCCCCUACAGCAUGGCGCAAAUUAAUCGCAAAAGGGGAAAAUAAAAACAAAAGUGCUUCUACUUACGUAUCAAAAAUGAUACCUCCGUUGAAGCGUCAAAAGAUGCGCGCUUAGAGAGGCAUAUAAAAAGGAGGCUAACCAUUUUGUGAGCAAUUCCUUUCGCCUUUACUUGUAAACCGCCCCCCAUUGCAAAGGAAAGGCACAAUUAAGUAGCUAAUUUUGACCCCCCUCUAAAGUUGUUCAUUGCAUCGUAGCAACAGCUCCGCAAGAGUUCCUAUUAGUCGUAAUUUACAGGCGUACAAUAUGAGUACCUACCUAUACGCGUAGGCAAUCGUAUAUGUUUACAAACAAAAGUAUAUACGUUGCCGCUCUGCUAGUUGCCCACCCAAGGGGACCACAGCAGGAAGGCGUUCCCAACAAAAGAACGCCCAUUCACCGCAUCAACGGGGCAAUCGAAUUGUCAGGAGCCCAAUUUAAUAUUGUUAAACCUAAAACACACCGCACCGCAAGAAAAAAAAACUAUAAGAGAGACCCCAUCGUGCAGCCCCUAAAAUGUUCACGCUGUGUAAAGGCUACAGUGACGACGAAGAGAAUGAAGAAACAGAAGCAAUCAACGCAGUGUCCGAAAAAAAAAAAUCAUUUGAAGAAAAAAUAGCCUAUUAUAAAUUAAAAGGAAAAGGAGAAAGAGGACACAUAACAAUUUACACAAACCUGGGUGAGUUUGAAAUAGAAUUGUACUGGUACCAUAGCCCCAAAACAUGUUUCAAUUUUUAUUCAUUAUGUGAAAUGGGUUACUAUGACAACACCCUAUUUCACAGGAUUAUUCCCAACUACAUCAUCCAAGGGGGGGACCCCACGGGGACAGGCAAAGGAGGGAAAAGCAUUUAUGGGGAAUAUUUCGAAGAUGAAAUAAAUAAAGAAUUAAAGCAUACUGGGGCUGGGAUAUUAAGUAUGUCCAAUAAUGGCCCUAAUACAAAUUCCUCACAGUUUUUUAUAACCCUAUCUCCUUUGCCUCAUUUGGAUGGAAAACACACCAUUUUUGCGAGGGUCAGCAAAAAUAUGACUUGCAUUGAAAAUAUGGCCGCCGUCAAGACAACUGCCACGAAUAAACCCAUUUUUGACGUCAAAAUUUUGAGAACAUCGACGGCUGUGAAUGUUGAUUGA